GGCGCCAGCGGAGAGGACCCCAGAAGCCCAGCAGAAGCCAAGCCGCAGCUCAAGCCGACUUCUCUCUCUGCCCGCCCCGUCGGCUCUCUCUCUCGUCUCCUUGGCUCCGGUGCCCGGCGUCCACGCACGCACGCACCCACCCACCGACCCACCAUGCUGCCCUGCCGCCUCCCGUGCGCCCUGGCCCUACUCUCGCUCGCCCUGGCCCUGGGCUCCGGCGCCGCCGCCCCCUCCGACCCCCGACUCCGACAAUUCCUCCAGAAGUCCCUCGCCGCCGCCGCCGCCGGGAAACAGGAACUGGCCAAGUACUUCCUGGCGGAGCUUCUGUCGGAGCCCAGCCAGGCGGAGAACGAGGCCCUGGAGCCGGAAGACCUCUCCCGUGGAGGAGCCGAGCAGGACGAAGUGAGGCUGGAGCUGGAGCGGUCGGCCAGCUUGAACCCAGCCCUGGAACCCCGGGUACGCAAAGCGGGGUGCAAGAACUUCUUCUGGAAGACCUUCACGUCUUGUUAGCUGUAGAAACCCAACCAACCCUUCCCCAGGUUCCCUCAAGCCCUCACCUCCAGCCCUUCCCUCUCUCCCUCUUAACCCCCAGUUUCUUCAUGCCAGGAGCUGAAGACUGUAAGAUAUAAUACAUUGGUAGAGCAAAAUGGAAAAAAAAAUAAGGAAAAAAGGGAGAAAAUAAAUCAUUUUGGAGUCGUUUUAAUAAAACAUCCAGUUUCAAUGGUUCACACUUUCCUUGAGUUUGUGAUCUCUCUCGACUGUUUCUCCAUGAUAACACACCGACCCGAAACCCUAACACUGGAAGUCAUGCCUCUGUGCUAUUUUUAAUUCUUUCUUGCAAUAAAGUUUAUGCUUCAAAAA